AUGUUAAGACAGGACUCGCUCAUGGCCAGUGCUGCACCAACUGCUUUAUCCACAAAGGAAACAACAAACUAUGCCAGGUUGUGCCGUCUGCUGGUUGAUAUUGGAACCCAAGCUCUUCGAGAUACGUUUGAUGCCAUCCAUGCACCAGGAAAUUUACACUCAGUUUUGGCGGCAAAGAAGCCCACCUUACAAUCUCUUAGAAAGAAGAAGGUUAUCAAUCACAUACAAUGGGGGAAACUUUACCCUGCCAUCCUUACCUCAGUGUCUUCUCGUGACUUUGACACAACUUUGCUGAUGGUUCUGUUGCGGAACCUAUGUGGCUUAACUGCUCCGCUGACCGGCUGGGACGCAUUGCCUGCCGUAACAGACCUUAGCAAGGAAGCAGACAUUGCCCGAGUUAAGUAUUUUAGGAACACUGUGUACGGUCACGCUGAGAAAGCUUCUGUUGAUGACGUGAAGUUCAAUGACUACUGGCGUGACAUCAGGGACACUCUGGUCAGACUGGGAGGUGUUACUUAUGAAGCUGCCAUUGACAAUCUUAGAAACGAGUGCAUGGACCCUGAAGUUGAAGAUCACUUCAUGGAAUUACUGAGUCAAUGGAAAAAGGACGAGAACAACAUUAAAGAUCAGCUGGACGUAAUUAAGAAAAAUCUUGAAGUCCUGACGUCAAAAGAUGAAGGUAAGAUACAUAAGUAAUUUGUAAAUUAUCAUGGAUGAAAAGGUUGAAAGCCUAUCAUUUUUUAAUAUGUUCGGUAAGAGAGGAGUUUUUCGUUGCUACAAAAAGGAGUCGGGCCCGCCCUUUGACCUUCCCGACUAAUACUUUUGACGGACUAGCACUCAGUUGUAGGUGAAAUGACAUAACAGCCCCACCCUUACCCCAUACUUUUUGGAUAUGAAUGACAAAUGUAAUGCUUUCCUGUAAUGAUAAAAAUGAGGAUGCAACAUUAAUAUUUACAACCAUUGGGGAUUUAAGUGAAACAGUUCUUUCACUGAAGGACACAGAAGAAGAAAUGCUCAGUUUAGGAGUCGACCAUCAGACCAUUAUCAGAAAUCAAAUUUAAAUGUUGGGGAUUUUGUAUAGGUUUUUAUCGUAAGACGGAAGGGGGUGAUGCCCACGGUCUGUAUCACACCCAGGGGCUUGUUCCAUUGGUCAUAAAGCGCUACAGCUUAUGAAUGUUUACAGGAGUGUUAAUAGUUUCCAGCCAUGCUCUCUUCCUGAUGGUUAAUAAAUUUUUCGUGCCAGAUCAAGCUCCUUUUGGAAAUCGAGUUGACAGAGAAAACCAUGGGAGCUGUUUAUUUAGUUCUAUUCUGGGGAUAUUGACUGGAAAUGUCGAUCUGCAUAGUGGCCAGGUACGUGCAUAUCCGUCGCUGAAGCGUCUUAUCAGCCAUAUCUUAGGGUUUAUAUCAUUUAUCACUGAGCUGGAAAACGAAAUAAACAAUUCCAGAAUCAUUAAUUUUAGUUAAUGCUAAAACAGUGGAUAGCGUUGAAGGCGCGCCCUAAUUGGCUACUCAAAGUCCGAAUGUAACGUACUCUGAUAUUCACCGCCUAGCAACUCGCGCGGGAUUUGCCCCCAAAAAUAUUUUAAUCUUUUCAAAAAUAAAGUUAAAACCAUCUUUUUGUAUUAAAUCAUCUUACUGUUUUACUAGUACAUACUGAAACAACUUUUCAGUUGAUCUCAGUGUCGUUGGCUACCCAUGGAUAUUUACCUCACAUCUGCGCAGGUCGGUAAAUGGCCACCAGCCACCUUCACUUUGGUGAAUAACUGUUGACUAGAAUUUGUGAAUGAUCGUGAAAUUUAAAUUACAAACAGUUUCAAUGAUCUCAAGGCAAACGAUAUCGAAGGGUUCAAACGUUCUCUUUCUCCAAAUCAGUUGGAUAUCUUAUUUAAUAUAUAUGAAUAACGCUUUAAAAGAAACCAAAAUUAUAAAUGAAAUAAAUAAAUAAACUUUAUUCAAGUGUCGUGUAAUUUUAGCAUGGUAUUGCUAAUUGGGGACAUCGUAACAUAAAUAACAAAAAAUAAAAGAUAUACACUCAAACGUGUGGGAAUUAAAAAAAACUAUUAUAAACAUGCUACAAGUAAUAGAAAUAUAGAGUUGUGUGUAUAUGAACAAUGCUAAGAAUUGUGGGAUUAUAGUUUAAGAAUGACACAGAAAACCGCCAAUUGGAUAUUUCUCGAGCAAAAAACUUUCUGGGUCCAUUUAUACAAGUAAGUAUGCUUCCCUGAUAGAAAGUUUUCCAUAGUUUAAACAUGUAUUAUAUCUCGGUAUAACAAAGUCUGAUGUACGUAAAUUGUAAUUAGUUUCUAUUAUUUGGAAUAAUUCAGAGAUGUACUUUGGAGAUAGUCCAUUUUUGACGUUGAACAUUUACACCAUUAGGUCUUGCAAUCUUCUAUUACGCAAUGUUGGUAAUCCUGCUUUCUUUGAUAGAUUUUCGUAUGUUGAUACUCUUUCCUUGAAAACUCCGCUCUCCGUCCCUUUUCCUGUAUCCUCUCCAGUUUCCGCUGAACAGAUGCUCUAAAGAAUAGUUUAGCUUCGGGAGAAUUACCCCUUUAUACAGAUGUAACUUCGUCUUUUCGGGAACUAGGUGCUUCAUUCUCGAGAGGACAACAAUUUUGCAAUUUGCUUUCUGACAGACUUGUUAAAUAUGUGCACCAAAGCUAAGUUUAUUAUCUAUAAGGACUCCUACUGAUAGUGUUAAGGAACUCCAAUUCAAUUUCUUCAUUGUUAAUGAAAAUCUGCGCCUCUUGCGUAUUCCUUGCUUUUGAGGCUAGACACAGUGUCUGGAAUUUGUCUUUGUUUGCCGGCAGGAAAUUAUUUUUAUACCAGUCGCAUACAAUCUGAGCCUCGUUGUUUAACAGAGUAGCAAUGUUUCAAUCAGCUGAUGAGAGGCACAUAUUUGAAGAUCGUCUGCGUACGUAGAAAAAUCACAGUUGUUAAUACUAUAACUUAAUAAGUCAUUCUGAAACACGUUCCAUAGCAAUGGUUCGAGACAUGAUCCUUAAGGGCAGCCUUCUCUUAUAUCGUGCCAAGAGCUGUUAACUCUAGCAAACUUAACCCUUGCUUGCCGAUCUUGGAAAUACGAUCUUAAGAGAAGCAAUGACUCGUCAGAGAAAUUACAGGCUUGUAGUUUCUUGAUCAUAAGCGACGGAAGGAGAGAGUCAAAUGCUUUGCUAGUGUCAGUAGAGGUGACCCCCACAAACUUUCCUUUGCCAAUGGCUAGUCUCCAAACUUCUACGAAUUUUAUUAGGGCUGUCUGACAGCUUUGACCAUUUCUGUAGGUUGACAUGUUUUGGGAAAGAUGCGAAUCCACUUUAGUUACUACUAGCCUGCUUAGCAACAGUUCAAAGAUUUUGUUUACAACAUUUAACACUGUCACGGGCCUAUAGUUCUUCUCCUUUUUUUUUCAUCUUUCUUGAAAACAGGUACCCAAUCCCUUCUCUUCCAUCUCUUGGGACAAUACCCAGAUGUUAUUGAUAGAUUAAAGAUUUUGUUAGUGAGGGUGCAAGUUCCUUUGCGGCUAGCUUCAAGAUUCCUGGCGGUAUUAAGUCGGAACCAGUGGACUUUGAAGGAUUAAGACCAUCUAAGGCUUUAGCAGUUUCGCCUUAAGAGAUCUCUGUAAAUGUGAACGUAUCAGUAGAAGGCCAGUUGUUUUCAAUGUUUGUGACACUUGGAUGGCUGUAAAAUCGUCCUCUGUUGAAGAUAAGCUAGAUUUACCACCAGUAUCGUUAGCAAAGGUAGAAAAAUAACCAGCAAAUCCUUUCCCAACUACGUUUUGGUCUUUAGCUACAGUUCCAUUAACAUUCAGUGACAUACAAUCAUUAGCGGAGGAUCAAUUUCCGUUUGCCAGAAGAGGUUUGAAAGUUUUGAAGAAUUCCCGUGGUUUAGAUUUCAAUUCCUCAGAUUUUUACUUUAGGGAUUGUUUUUUAAUUAAUUUUUUUUAAAUUUAAAUUUACUUCUUUCAUCCUAAGCUCACAUUUAAAGGACGAGCAAUUUACUACAACUCCCACGCAAGGUUUCACUCUUUAAAAGAACCUUGGGUUUACGACGCCAGAGCCUGUGACAUAGAGAGUGGUAUCAGCUGUGAGGCACGUGGUUAUCAUGUCAGGUACGAUGCUGUGCAGAAUGCUGUGGAGAAACUCAAGGGAAUGCUCAAGAGCGAAGGGCUCCUUUACGAGUCGUGA